GACCACUUUGAAAUUUUAAGAGCCAUUGGAAAAGGCAGUUUUGGGAAGGUCUGCAUCGUACAGAAGAAUGAUACCAAGAAGAUGUAUGCGAUGAAGUACAUGAACAAACAAAAGUGUGUGGAGCGCAAUGAAGUGAGGAAUGUCUUCAAGGAGCUCCAGAUCAUGCAGGGGCUGGAGCAUCCUUUCCUGGUUAAUUUGUGGUACUCCUUCCAAGAUGAGGAAGACAUGUUCAUGGUGGUGGACCUCCUGCUGGGCGGGGACCUGCGUUAUCACCUGCAGCAGAAUGUCCGCUUCCAGGAAGACACCGUGAAGCUCUUCAUCUGUGAGCUGGCCAUGGCCCUGGACUACCUGCAGAGCCAGCGCAUCAUUCACAGGGAUAUGAAGCCUGACAAUAUUUUGCUUGAUGAACAUGGGCACGUGCACAUCACAGACUUCAACAUUGCUACGGUGCUACCUGUGGAGAUGUGCAUCACCACCAUGGCCGGCACCAAGCCUUACAUGGCACCUGAGAUGUUCAACUCCAGAAGAGAAGCAGGUUAUUCCUUUGCUGUUGACUGGUGGUCACUGGGAGUUACAGCAUAUGAGCUGUUGAGAGGCCGGAGACCGUAUCAUAUUCGCUCCAGUACUUCCAGCAAGGAAAUUGCACACAUGUUUGAGACGGCGCUUGUGACUUACCCUUCUGCCUGGUCACAGGAAAUGGUGUCACUUCUUAAAAAGCUACUGGAACCGAAUCCAGACCAACGAUUUUCCCAUUUGUCUGAUGUUCAAAACUUCCCAUAUAUGAAUGAUAUGAACUGGGACGCAGUUUUGCAGAAGAGGCUCAUUCCAGGAUUUAUUCCUAAUAAAGGCAGGCUGAAUUGCGACCCCACCUUUGAGCUCGAAGAAAUGAUUUUGGAGUCCAAGCCUCUUCACAAGAAAAAGAAGCGCCUGGCCAAGAAGGAGAAGGAAAUGAGGAAAUGUGAUUCCUCUCAGAUGUGCCUUCUUCAAGAGCACCUUGAAUCUGUCCAAAAGGAGUUCAUAAUUUUCAACAGAGAGAAAGUCAAAAAGGACUUUAAUAAAAGACAAGCCAAUCAAGCCUUGGAACAAACCAAAGACCCACAAGAAAAGGAUGGCCGGCAUAACAACCUGUGA